UUUAUAUAUGGGUGUGUGUGUGUAUGUGUGUGUGUCUGCAGCGCGAGCCGGCUGCUCGUCUGGCUCUGUGACGUCAGCGCCGUGUUGAUUUGCUAAGGCGAGAGAAGAAAGGAGUUAGUGCGUGUUGAGAGAGCGGGUUUAUGCGAACUGCCUUACUAUGCUGUAGCCCCGCUCCCCCUGCACUAUCCCGGAUCAAAAAACGUGCAACUUAGGUUUCAUCUUGUUUACAAAGAUAGCUAAAAUCACGGCAGAGCGGGGAAGGCGAGCCUCAUGAGUUGGCCUCGUGGCUUGCAUCGACACAAUGGAUUUAUCUAAAAUGGGUAUGAUCCAGCUCCAGAACCCCAACCAUCCCACCGGCCUCCUGCUGAAGGCCAACCAGAUGCGCCUGGCGGGGACUUUGUGCGACGUGGUCAUCAUGGUGGACAACCAGGAGUUCCACGCUCACCGAACUGUCCUCGCCUGCACCAGCAAAAUGUUCGAGAUCCUCUUCCACCGCAGCAGCCACCACUACACCCUGGACUUUCUCUCACCAAAGACUUUCCAGCAAAUUCUGGAGUACGCUUACACUGCCACGCUGCAGGCCAAGGUGGAGGACCUGGACGACCUUCUCUACGCCGCGGAGAUCCUGGAGAUCGAGUACCUGGAAGAGCAAUGCCUCAAGAUCCUGGAGACCAUUCAGUCCUCGGAUGAGAACGACGUGGAGGUCGGAGGCAGCGCGGAGGAAGAAGACGACCGCAAAGGCCACAACGGAGCCAAAAACUCCAAAAAGCAUUCCAUGGAGGGGUCUUAUCUGACCGGAGCCCAGCAGAUGGCCAUCAUGACGGGAAUGGUUGAUCAAAGCCCGUCUGUUUCCACUUCUUUCGGCAUGUCCAACCUGAGUCCCACUAAAGCUGCCGUGGACAGUCUGAUGAGCAUCGGACAGUCUCUGCUCCAGCAGGGCUUCGGCGGGGAACAUCUGCUCCACCACGCCAACUCCAACCAGCUGAUGACCGAGAUCAAGACCGAGAUGAUGCAAGUGGACAUGGGAGGCAACGGCCACGACAGCCCGCCCAACAUGGAGUCCAGCGCCUCUAGCAACGGAGAGCGAAUGGGCGAGGACAGGAACCGAGACGGACCGGGAACCCCGACCAGGAGCAGCGUGAUCACCAGCGCCCGCGAGCUGCACUACGUCCGCGACGACCAGCAAGUUGACAUGAGCCAAAUGGGGCUGGAAGCAAUGGCGGGGAUGACGGAGAAACAUCUCGCCUCGCUCUAUUCCCUUCCCGUCAAUCACAAAUCGGAUGGCCUCAUGUCCAUGCCGGCGGCCAUGGCAGCGUCCAUGGCCUCUCAACUGCCCAUGUCCCCGGCCCUGGCCAUGUCGAUGGACUUCAGCGCCUACGGGGCUCUCCUGCCGCAGAGCUUCAUCCAGAGAGAGUUCUUCAGCAAGCUGGGAGAACUGGCGGUCGGCAUGAAACCGGACGGCAGGAACCAGCACGAGCGAUGCAACGUGUGCGGCAUAGAACUUCCAGAUAACGAGGCUGUGGAGCAACACAAGAAGAUGCACAGUGGAAUGAAGACCUACGGCUGUGAGUUGUGUGGAAAGAGUUUCCUGGACAGCCUCCGUCUACGGAUGCAUUUGCUGUCUCAUUCAGCUGGUGAGAAGGCCAUAGUCUGUGACCAGUGUGGAGCCCAGUUCCAGACGGAGGAAUCUCUGGAGUCUCAUCGGAAGAUACACACCGGCUCAGACAUGGCCCUCUUCUGCCUGCUGUGUGGGAAACGCUUCCAGGCGCAGCCGGCGCUCCAGCAGCACAUGGAGGUGCACGCGGGGGUCCGCAGCUACAUCUGCAGCGAGUGCAACCGCACCUUCCCCAGCCACACGGCACUCAAACGCCACAUACGCUCUCACACAGCCGGGGACCAUCCAUACGAGUGUGAGUUCUGCGGGAGCUGCUUCCGGGAUGAAAGCACGCUGAAGGGCCACAAACGCAUCCACACCGGAGAGAAGCCCUACGAAUGUAACGGCUGCGGGAAGAAGUUCAGCCUCAAGCACCAGCUGGAAACUCACUACCGCGUGCACACAGGUGAGAAGCCAUUCGAGUGCAAGCUGUGCCACCAGAGAUCCAGGGAUUACUCGGCCAUGAUCAAGCACCUGCGCACCCACAACGGAGCGUCGCCCUACCAAUGCACCAUCUGCCUGGAGUACUGCCCCUCUCUGUCCUCCAUGCAGAAGCACAUGAAAAACCACAAGCCGGAAGACGUGCCCCCAGACUGGCGCAUUGAGAAGACCUACCUGUACCUGUGCUACGUCUGAGGAAGAGAGGAGGAAGAGAGCGUGGUGGGAGGGUGGGGGUUGAGAGGUAAGGGGAAUGUAAUCGGGAGGAUAGGAGGCUAGGGGUCAACCAUUUUUUUUUUUUUAGAGAGACCCCCCGAAAAGCUAGAGGGUUUGAUUUUCUCUUUUUUACUUUACAUGCAAAAAGGCGGCGACGACGUCCAGCUAUAAGGGUGGUGACGGAGUAACUAAGUGCUAAAGAAGAGCAGAGGAAGACUUGGACACGGAGAGAGAGAGAAUCUCCAUCAUAGUUCGGAUUCACCGGGUCAUUCACUACAUCUGCAAACUGUGGUUUUGUUUUAGGUCAUCGGACGCAGCAUGCACAGAAGUGACUUUUUUUGUAAUGCUGCUGCAAGAGAGAAAGCAGAUUCUCAAGGGCUGUCUGAACCUGAACCUGCUCCCAUCACUCCAUAGCGAGUGUUUUUUUGUUAUACUUGAUAUUGGUUUGUUUACAUUUACCCUGCAGUCAUUAUAGUUUAGAACAAGAGCAUCAGUUGAGUCCCCUAAGUUCAUCAUGUCAUGGUUUGCUUUCCAUGCCAAAAUCCUUCCAACAAACCUUCUUUUAACCACAUACAAAGGUAUCUUGGAGGAUUUAUUUUCCAACCCGCCAAACAAACUGAUUAAAUCAUGAUACGCUCCAGAGUUUGAAUUAUCUACUUGUGGUGGAAAUGCCCCAAAUCGUUUCCAUUCCUAAUUAUUCUGUUUUGCCGCUUCCUGUCAUUUCUGCUUUUGCAGUAGACACAAAUUAUCCCCGUUUUCUUUUGCAGAAAUCCAGCAGAGAAACAUGUCAAUACUGUUGACAGCGGUGGCGGUGAGAUAGCCCCUGAGAAUCUGAGACAAUAUGCAGUAGAUGAAGCAGUUGAACUGGAUGAAUGGGAGCACUAAAAUACUGGGAGGGUUGAGGGGGGGGGG